UACGGUAGGCGGUCCUUCGACACCCUUCUCAGGGACGUCUCAGGCGAGCGGCUAAAUCAGUUUCGACCCAGCAGCCGGGUUUCCUGCCGAUGAGUGGUGUGGGGAAUAAACUAGCGGCUGGAGGCUGCGAAACUUUCCGCGCUGGUUAGCGCUUAGCGGUGGAGUGCAGGAAAGGGUCUUCUGAAAAUGGGAUUCGACUUGGAGCGUUUCAGCGAGGAAGUGGACCCCGACUUUAAAUGCAACUUGUGCAACAAAGUGCUGGAGGACCCGCUCACAACCCCUUGCGGGCACGUCUUCUGCGCCGGCUGCCUAUUGCCCUGGGUGGUGCAGCGGGGCAACUGCCCGGUGAAAUGCCGUCGUGUGGCCACCAAGGAGCUGAACCACGUCCUGCCCUUGAAAAACCUCAUCCUGAAGCUGGAGAUCCGCUGUGACAACCACGGGCGAGGUUGCGACAAGGUGGUGCGGCUGCAACACUUGGCAGAGCACACGGAGAUGUGUGAUUACUCGCCGGCCGUGUGCGGCCACAAGGGCUGCGGGGAGUCGCUCAACCUGAAGGACGUGGACGCGCACAUGCGGGAGAGCUGCGAGCAGCGGCCGGUCGGCGUGUGUCGGCGCGGCUGCGGGCUGGUGCUGGUGCACGGCGAGCAGCGGCGGGACUCGCACUGCUGUGUGCGGGCUCUGCGGGCUCAGGGCGGAGCGUUGCAGGGACGCCUGGCCGGCCUGGAGCGGGAGCUCAAGCUGCAGCGGGACCGCUCCGGCAAGCGGCAGAAAGCGCUGCACUCGCAGCUGUCCGCGCUGCAGAACGAGGCGCAGGUGACAGCUCUCCGCUACCAGAAGAAAUUCACCGAGUACAGCGCCAGGAUACGCUCGCUCACCAAAAACCUCCCUGCUCAAUGCAACGGCGGAGAGCCACUGACCAUCAUUAUGCAGAGAGACGCGGGUUCCCUGGGAUUUAAUAUUAUCGGCGGCAGACCUUGUUCGGAAAAUCAAGAAGGCACGACAUGCGAGGGGAUUUUUGUGUCAAAAAUAGUGGAUAAUGGACCGGCAGACAAAGAAGAUGGACUGCAAAUCCACGACAGAAUUCUCGAGGUUAAUGGCAAGGACUUAUCCCGAGUCACUCACGAGCAAGCAGUAGAAGCCUUUCGAACGGCCAAAGAACCCAUUGUAGUGCAGGUGCUACGCAGAACUCCGCGCACUAAAGUUCUUAAUGCAUCGCAUGAGUGUCAACUUGUGGAUAUGGGCACGCAGACAGAUAUCACCUUCGAACACAUCAUGGCACUGGCUAAAAUAAGACCACCUUCGCCACCUGUUGUGGUGCUGGAGCAAUAUCUUUUACCUGAAGAACAUCCAUCCGGACUGGACUAUUAUGAUUCAAAUGACUAUUUUCGAGGAUUACAAACUGAAAUUGACAGAGAAGAAUUAGAAUAUGAGGAAGUGGAUCUGUACAGACUGCCAGGGAAGGACAAGCUUGGUCUCACAGUUUGCUACAGAACAGAUGAUGAAGAUGACACAGGAAUAUAUGUCAGCGAGGUAAGAAACACAUUCAUUGUACUUAAAAAUGAGAAAAUAAGAGAUAAAUCUAUCUUACUAAUAAAUGGCAUUGAGAUCCAAAACCGAGAAGAAGCUGUAGCAUUACUUACUCGUGAAGAAAGCAAGAACAUUUCCUUACUUUUGGCCAGGCCUGAACUGCAGUUGGAUGAAGGCUGGAUGGAUGAUGAUCGAAAUGAUUUGCUGGAUGAUUUGCAUCUGGACAUGUUGGAAGAGCAACAUAAUCAAGCUAUGCAGUUUACAGCAAGCAUGCUGCAAGAGAAAAAGCAAGAUGAUGAUGAGGGGACAACAGACACAGCCACUAUUUUGUCCAACCAGCAUGAGAAAGACAGUGGCGUUGGACGCACAGAUGAAAGCACACGCAACGACGAGAGUUCUGAGCAAGAGAAUCUUGGGGAUGACCACACCACCCCCACUGCCUUGAGAGUCAUGUGCAACUAUGACACCCUUGAAAGCAGAGACUUGCAGUUCAGUCAUGCGUCCUUCAUUUCCCGGGACUACGCAGAUCCAGAUUUUCUUUGCAUUCCCUCUGAUGGCUGUGAAAGGUUCCGUGAUCUGCUGGAGUUAAAGUAUCAGAUGCAGAGUGACAAUCAGUAUGGUCCUCACUGCCGUGGCAGCGCUGUGGGUCUCAGUAAGAAUGACCAGGAAAUUGUUGACAGAGAACUGGAAAUGCUGAAUGAAGAAUUGCACAACAUUGAGCUCGAGUGUCUUAACAUUGCACGAGCCCAUAAAAUGCAACAAUUGAAAGAGCAAUACAGGGAGUCGUGGAUGUUACACAACAGUGGUUUUCACAACUACAACACCAGCAUCGAUAGCCGCAGUCGUGAACUCUCUGAUAUUACAGAACUACCAGAAAAAUCAGAUAAGGACAGCUCGAGCGCAUACAACACUGGUGAGAGUUGUCGAAGCACACCGCUAACGUUAGAUCUGUCUCCAAACAACUCAUUGUGCAGGGUGGUUGAGAACCUGAACAGUCAAAGUAAUGAGGCGUUGGCAAGCACCACUGCCAAAAUGCCACUUCUAUCCCAUACAAUGAGCCUUGCAAAAUCCAACUUGGCUACGAAAGAACCUGACCAUUGCCAGCAAUCUGACGGAAAGGAUGAGAGUCAAGCUGUGCAGUGCAACAAAAGCCAGGCUUUUCCCCAAAGCUCCACCUGUCCAAUCUCAUACCAUAACUCGCCCUAUAGACAUGCUCAUAUCCCAGCACAUGCUCAACACUACCAAAGCUACAUGCAGUUGAUACAGCAAAAGUCAGCUGUGGAGUAUGCACAGAGCCAAAUGAGUCUUGUUAGUAUGUGCAAAGAACCUUCCUAUCAUGAAUCGUCAAGUCACUUACAACCCAAGAUGGAGUGGAAGGUAAAGGUCCGUAGUGAUGGGACCAGAUACAUCACCAAACGUCCAGCCAGAGACCGCAUCCUGAAGGAACGUGCCCUGAAAAUUAAAGAAGAACGUUGUGGUAUGACAACUGACGACGACGCCAUAAGUGAGAUGAAAAUGGGGCGCUACUGGAGUAAGGAGGAACGAAAGCAGCAUCUGGUACGUGCAAAAGAGCAGAGAAAGCGGCGGGAAUUCAUGAUGCAGAGCAGGUUGGAAUGCCUGAAGGAGCAGCAGAGCACGCAGGAGAAGAAAGAGUUCAACAUUAUUGAACUUAGCCACAAGAAAAUGAUGAAGAAAAGGAGUAAGAAGAUUUUUGACAAUUGGAUGACAAUCCAGGAACUUUUAACUCAUGGGGCAAAGUCACCUGAUGGAACCCGGAUAUAUAACUCACUCUUGUCAGUAACAACCGUAUAAGUUAGCGUUUCCAUGGUGUAAUUUAAGUACUACCAUCUGAGGUAGAAGCCAUCUUGCCUCGUUAAAAGUGGCAAUUCUUGUAAAUGUAUAAAACACAUAACUUCUCCAGCUGUAACUGGAGAAUCCAUCAGUAAAUAACAAUGCUAACAAGGUUAAUCCAUAUGUGCCUUUUCAAAGGCAACAAUAAAAUAAACAACAGCAGGCCUAAUAUUAUAAUUGCUCUUCACUUUGCUUCAGAUCUAUUCAUUAAUAGGUCCUUAAAUAAAUGUGCCAAUAGACUUUAAUCACUGUCAAUUUUUUACGAACUUAAGACUCCAACUGUUUUAUAUAUGAAAUCUUACAUGCCAAAAUCUGCUGUUUCAAUUGCUACACAAAAAUAUCUCACUCUUUAUACUUUUGUCCAUGUUCACUGCAACUUGUUCAAAACUUUUCAGGAUCUUCCCAAUGAAAACCUAACUUUUGCUGACUUACAACCUGUCGUAAAUUAGAGAUGGUUUUUGCAUGUAUAUAAAUUUCAUGUUUAUAGCAAAGAUUGUGGGAUUGUGAACACACUUUGUAGUUAAUAUGUGCUUUGUAGGCAUUGACGUAUUGAAUAAAUACAGCUAAAUGAGCAUUUAGUUAGUUACACACUCCAUGUCUUGUAUAAAAUGAAAAUAAUUUAUUGUUUUUAUAUUUAGAUUUCAGCUGGGCAUUGUAUGACUUAAAAUAAACAAUAUUAAUUGCACCAAUUUUACUCCUGUCA